GGUGAGCAUACAAACCCUUGUGUAAACUGUGAUGCAAAUUUAUAGUUCGUUUGAAUGCACUGUUACACCAGUCCAUCUCAGGUGCAUCCCAGCAGUAGGUGCAAAUUCAUUUCGGAAAUAUUCAAUUUGACUGACAAUUUUUCGUGACAGCAAUGAAAUUAUUAAUCAGUUCUCUUUUUGCUUUUUUGCUUGGUUUGUUUCAACCGAUGUCAUUUACACCUCAGCAGAUCUAAAUCCGAUUAAAACGCGCAAAUUGAACGAAAUAUUCCAGUUAAGGGAUUUGAAACGCAAUUAUCCGUCUUAUAGGAAAGCGCCGCAGUUUAUGAUGGAAUUAUACGAUGCGGUUGCGGAAUCGAACGGUACGGAAAAAAACACAAAAGCGGUGGAGGGAAAUAUUGUUAGAAGUUUUCAAGGACAAUCUAGUGGGUCACAUCACUUCUUUAAUCUAACAUCAUUCGGACAGGACGAGCGGGUGAUCAAAGCAGAAUUCCGAUGGUUUAGACACAUGCAACCAUUUGUGGGACGUCAUCAUUUUUACAAAGUUGACCUAUAUGAAGUGCUGGACAGCAGAGCGAAACCUUGGAGAGGGAAUUUUUUAUGCUCAAGGCUGGUGCCAGUCUACACCAAUGGAUGGGAAGUAUUCAACAUCACACAAAUGGUGACUAAAUGGAUUCUUGACAGCGGCACAAAUAACGGCAUCCUUAUUGUUACUGCUUUACCAUCCGGUAACUGGUUGGAGUCCAGCACUCAGGUGGACGGACAGUCAGACGAAAAAAACGCAUAUUUGGUGAUACAUUCAGAUGACGGACGAAAACAAUUCCAAAAUCCACCAUACAAAGGGCUAAAUAGCGAACCAUUCCACGAAUCUAUAGAAAGUUUUACGUCAACAGCGCGCAGGCGCAGAAGUGUGCGCACCUUAACAUCUACGUGCCAGAGGACAAACCUCUUCGUGGACUUCACUAAAAUUGGCUGGUCGGGAUGGAUAAUAUCUCCAAGAGGUUAUAACGCAUACAGUUGCGUGGGCUCAUGUCCUUUUCCUCUGGGCGAAGGUCUACGGGCUACAAACCACGCUACAGUAAGGUCAAUUAUGAACGCAUUGAAACUGUCGCAGGAGGCGGGUAAACCGUGCUGUGUACCUGAUGUGCUUUACCCCAUCAGCCUCCUGUACUUUGAUGACGAGGAAAAUGUCGUCCUGAAACAAUAUGACGACAUGGUUGCGGGCAGUUGUGGAUGUCAUUAAGAUACAAAUUUCCAUGUUAAGUUAUUUGUUUAAUAAAAAACAAUAUUAUUGUGUAGCCUAUACAUGUAUACAUUAUGUUAUGUGCAAAUUUUCAUGUUAUAAAAAUUAUGUAUUUAGAUAUUGAUUUAUGGGCGUAAAAAGCAAAUUAAAGGUGGUUGCCAAACUGCUUUGAAAUGCGCCAAAGCGCGAUAUGACGUCAGGACUGGAAACGUCAAAAGUUAAACACUGCAGCAAGUGCUAUCCCACCGAAGAUAUAGAGGGUAUGUAUAUGACGUCACCGUCGGCGAGAGGGACUGCGAUUACGCCCACUGAGUGGCAAAAGACAGAGCGGCAGCAUUUGAGUAGGCUACAGUGUGAAAUCAGCGAAAACACGGUGAAAACCUGUCGAAAAGGGGAAAAGCUGUUCUGCGAUAGACUGUACUAACAGAUUAACAAGUUUAAUGUGCAAUAUUAAAGAAUACACAGAUUCGAUGCUUUAGACUGUAGUGAAGUAAUGUUUUCUAAUGUUUGUCUAAAUGGGAAAGAGCUGUUGUGUGAUAGACUGUACUAACAGAUUUAACAAGAAUUCGGAGCUUUCGUUUUACAGACUGCGAAAAACCACAGAAAGGAGAAAUAAAAAGGCAGUCCAUGCCAACAUCCACCGAGCACAGGUGGGUUGAUAAGUUGCUAUAGGGUAAUUAUCAAGCAGAGGUUUUACUUUCUACUUAAAAGUAUUUUUCGAGUAUUUGUAUUUUAUCCGUGUUUUUCCAAAGCAUAUUAGGCCUAUCAUAAUUUUUAUUCUAUUACAUUUCAUAAAUACACGUGUUUGUUUUACAUUUAAUAUUUAAGUACAUUAACGUACUUUUACUCAAGUAAAUGUACAAAAUUUAAAUGUAAUUAGGUAUUAAAUCAAUUUUAAUAUGCAAUAUUAAAGAAUACACAGUAUGAUUAUAUGCUUUACAAUGUAGUGAAGUAACAUUUUUCCCAAUACAAACAUCCUAGAUGCUUUGAAAAUGUAACUAAUGUAACUAAGUAUUGUCCACCUCUGCUAUCAAGUCCAACUAAAUCCAAUUUAAGCUGAUAAUAGUCAGUUUUACUAGCAUUUGCGCCGCAGCCCCUAUGAAAGCCAGCCAUUUUGUUGAAGGUUUUUCGGGGGUGAGUUCCGGCGUGGUGGAAAAGUGACGUCAAUGCAUACCCUCUAUAAAGGCUAGUGGUGCUUCUCAAGUUUGUGCAUCCUCGUUUCCUUUCCUUGAUUCCUUUCCUCGCGUCUUAGCUCUACCUUCCUAGGAUGCAAGCGAGGAAAGACGCGAGGAUGGAGAAGACGAAGUAUUAAAGGCGGAGUCCACAAUGUUUGAAAGCCAAUGUUGAUAUUUGAAAUCACCUAAACAAACACGCCCCUACCCCAAUAGAAUCUAGACCUUCUGUUGAUAGACCCGCCACACACAUACGCAACCCGGCAAGGAUGUCGGUUAGUAGACACGCUCCUUACUGCUGAUUGGCUAUAAGUGUGUUUUGGUAGUCGGCCCGUCUCCUUUUCCAAAGCGUUUUUCAAACAUCGUGGACUCCGCCUUUAAGUGAAAUUAUAUCCUCCUUCCUUACUCUCUUUAUAACGUUUAUUCUCUGUUAUCAAAUUAUCAAGUGCAUUAAAAAACCCAAAUAUUUAAUAAAAUAAAGUUAAAUACAUACUUCAGUUAUAGUUCAUACUACAUUAAAAAAGACAUUCUUAAAGUGCCCAUAUUAUGACUGCUUUUCCACAAGUUAAAUAGGUGUAUGAGUUCCAUAAAGCAUGUUUCAGAAGUUGUUUGCUCAAAAUAGCUUGUAGGAAAAGAUUGUUACCCAUCUUUAGGAGCCUCUGUUUCAGGGCAGUUCAGAUUGUGCCGUUUUGAGCUAGUCAUUACAUAUUUAUGAGCUGCUGCUUUGAUCACGCCCACUACUAACAUCAUGU